AUGGUACGGAUUACUACGGAACCCUUCGUGCCCGACUCCGACUCGCACUUGCCAGACGAACGUCAGGGCUCCGUAGUGUCGCUGGAACCCACUCCCGAGCUGACUACUUAUGGAGGAAUCAAGUUAGGAUGGAUUCAGUUUACGGUACAUUCCAUUCUUCAGGGCGUGCUGAUCCCAUGCCUGCUGAACAUCUGGGGCGUCAUGCUUUUCCUCCGCAUCUCCUGGAUCGUGGGCCAAGCCGGCACUCUGAUCACCAUGGCGAUUAUCCUAGUCUCUGGCAUCGUGUGCGUCAUCACGACGCUCUCGCUUAGCGCCAUAUGCACGAAUGGACAACUGAAAGGAGGGGGCGUGUACUACCUCGUGUCGCGCUCCCUCGGCGCGGAACUCGGCGCGUCCGUCGGCGUGAUCUUCGCAUUCGCCAACGCCGUCGCCGCCAGCAUGAACACCAUCGGCUUCUGCGACUCGCUCAACGAUCUCCUCAGAGCGCACGGUCUUAAGAUCAUCGACAAUGGCGUCAACGACACGAGGAUCGUCGGCGCCAUCGCUCUGUUGGUGAUGUGCCUUAUAUGCGCUGUUGGGAUGGACUGGGAGACAAAAACGCAGAACUUUUUAAUCACAGUGAUCGUUUUAGCGAUCUUCAACUACGUCAUAGGGGUCGCCAAGGGACCCGCGACCAACACGGAAAUUGCCCGGGGCUUCGUAGGAAUAAGCGCGGACACAAUGAAGCAGAACGCAAUGCCAGAUUUCCGCUUAAGCGAGGGCGUUCACCACGACGUGUUCACCGUGUUCGCGAUGUACUUCCCCGCCGUCACCGGCGUGCAAGCUGGCGCUAACAUUUGUGGCGACUUGAGGGAUCCCGCCUCCGCCAUCCCAAAAGGCACGUUACUGGCGCUAUUAAUCUCCAUGUCGUCGUACGCGCUCAUCGCAUUGCUCUGCGGCGCAGGCGCCCUACGCGACGCCAGUGGCGACGUCAAGAACCUCACUCAUGCUGCGCUGUCCGCCUGUGCACCUGACUGUGAUUAUGGCCUGCACCAUGACUAUCAAUUAAUGCAACUAAUGUCCUGGUGGGCGCCCCUGAUCUACGGCGGCUGCUGGGCGGCGACGCUGUCCACCGCGCUGACCAACCUGCUGUCAGUCCCACGGCUGAUCCAGGCGCUGGGCGUGGACCGCAUAUACCCUGGCCUCAUCUUCUUCUCGAAGCCCUAUGGCAAGCACGGCGAGCCCUAUCGAGGAUACGUGCUCACCUUCUUUGUGUCACUGCUGUUUUUGCUCAUCGCCGACCUGAACACCAUCGCGCCGCUGAUCUCCAACUUCUACCUGGCCUCGUACGCGCUCAUCAACUUCUGUACCUUCCACGCGGCCUUCGUUCACCACAUCAGCUGGCGGCCUACUUUUCGGUUUUACAACAUGUGGGUGUCGCUGUUGGGUACGGUGUUGUGCUGCGCUAUCAUGGUGCUACUGAGCUGGUCCAUGGCGAUGAUCACGGUGCUCGUUUUCCUCGUACUCUACCUGAUCGUGCACUACAGGAAACCAGACGCGGACUGGGGCAGCAGCACGGAGGCGCAGCGCUACAUUGACGUGGUGCAGUCGCUGCUGGAAAUUAACCAAAAACACAGUGUGAAGUCGUACAACCCACAACUCCUGGUGCUAUCUGGACGGGCGGGACGACGGCCGGCGUUGGUGCAAGUGGCCGGCCUCAUCACUGGCGGGACUUUCAGCCUGCUAGCUGAGAUCCAUGAGUACAGGCUAUCCUCGGCGGAUCGUGAAGCUCGCAUAGCGUCAUCGUACCGAUGGCUGCGCUCAAUGAACAUACGCGGGUUCGUCACGCUGGUGGACGGCAGCAGGUUCGACGCCGGAGUCCGAGCGCUGCUGCAGGCCUCGGGGCUUGGAGGCCUCGCGCCCAACAUCGUGCUCCUCGGAUAUAAGUACGACUGGGCGCAGGCAAGCAACACGGACGUCUAUGUCAGGGUUGUACGGCUAGCCUUCGAGCAUAAGCUUGGUGUGACGAUCCUGCGCACGUCGCCCGAGCACCGCGCCGGCGAGAGCGUGCAGCUUCCACCCACCAGUUCAACGUCUCUAAGGCGGGCGAGCAUGAGGGAGAUCCAACAGCUUAUGUACCAGGACUCGGACUUUUCCCUCGCCGAUACCUUGCCGCUUACAGAUAAAACAAGCGACCAUGUUUCCGUUUGCCGGGCAUCUUCCGUCUUCAACAAUAUUAUUUUGGUUAAAUGUAAAUUUUUUUCAGUAAGAAGAGAAUCGACACAUGGUAAGGAUCUGAAGGCCCCAAGCGACUCAUUCAAGAUCCUUGAAGCAGAGAGUUACAGGGCGCUGCUGUCUGCUUCCGGACCCUAUAAACCCAUGCAACUUCAACACGGAAAGUUGGACGCGUGGUGGUUAUACGACGACGGCGGGCUGAAUAUCCUGCUGCCGUACAUCAUUGCGACCCGCGGGGCGCACGGGCCGGUCCAGCUGCGUAUUCUCGCGUUCGCCCGCCACACCCGCGACAGAGCCGACGCCGAGAACCAGUUGAAGAGUCUCCUGGCGAAGUUCCGCAUCAGCUACGCGUCUCUGACUCUCCUGAGCGGCGUGGGCGACACGCCGGCGCCCGCCACUUGGGACCUGUUCCACUCGCUCAUACACAGGCACGAGCCAACUAGAGACUGUUUGGUAAGCGACGCUGAUUUGACAAGAUGGGAAGCAAAAACGAGCCGACAGCUGCGCCUGCGCGAACUGCUGCUCGAGAACUCUGCCAAGUCCACCUUCGUCGUCAUGAACCUGCCCGUGCCUAGGGAGGGCCUGCCGGCGCCGCUGUACAUGGCGUGGCUGGAGAUGCUGAGUCGGGACAUGCCGCCGAUGCUGUUCGUGCGAGGCAACGACCAGCCAGUACUCGCACAUGAGGCCUAGACAAUCAAUCCAGCUCUAAACUGAUGCCUAGCUUAUUCAGCAGGGGUAUCGUCGCACAAACUAAUAAAAAAAUACGCGGCAAUGCCAAGUUCCUCCUAGAUAUGCUACUUUUUGGGAAAAUAUGAACCUAGAAGGCAUAAUAUGAGUAUUUUUUAGGUACCAUCCGAGAGCCGAGCCGAGAGCUACAUGUAUGAAGUCAUCAUAGUCAGUCAGGACAUUAACAACCCUAGAGGCAACUGCGCAGACUGAGUUUACCUACCUACCUAGUAUUCUGUGAUAUCAACAAACUGUAAUAAAAUGAUGUGCAAAUUGUGAUAAAUAAAACUAGAUAAGUUCAAUAUAUUACAAGUUUUUUUUAUUUCACACGUAUUUCACAAGGGUUUUUAAUUUAGAAUAAAAACAGAAAAUAAAAUAUUUACAAAUACAAGAAUCAACAGUGGCUCC